CAGACUACUACUACCAAGUGCACUACUACGACUACUCCUAACAAGAACGAGCACACCACUACCAAGUGCACUACUACGACUACUCCAGACAAGAACGAGCAUACUACUACUAAGUGCACUACUAAGACUACUCCUACCAAGGACACUACUUCUAAGUGUACUACUAAGACUCCUAACAAGAACGAGCAGACUACGACUAAGUGUACUACUACGACUACUCCAAACAAAAACGAGCAGACUACUACUACCAAGUGCACUACUACGACUACUCCUAACAAGAACGAGCACACCACUACCAAGUGCACUACUGAGACUACUCCUACCAAGGACACUACUUCCAAGUGUACUACUAAGACUACUCCUAACAAGAACGAGCACAGUACUACUAAGUGUACUACUACGACUACUUCCAAAUGCACUACCUCUUCAUCACUGGUCAGCUCAGCUGGAACCACUUCCAGUUACUUGACUGGCUCCUCCAGUUCUCCUUGUUCGUCAAGCACUUUGAGUAGCUCCAGCUCUACAAGUCUUAGUUCAUCAAGUACUCCUUGUACAACAACUGCUUCUAGUUCAUCAAGUACUCCUUGCACGACAACUACUCCUAGUUCAUCAAGUACCUUAAACAGUUCUUCGAGUGUGUCUAGUUCAUCUAUUACUGUGAGUAGCUCAUCAAGUACUCCUGGCUCAUCAAGUACUCCUUGUACAAUAACUACUCCUAGUUCAUCAAGUACCGUAAGCAGUUCUUCAAGUGUGUCCAGCUCAUCUAUUCUUGUGAGUAGCUCAUCAAGUUCUCCUGGCUCAUCAAGUACUCCUGGUUCAUCAAGUACUUCUAGUUCAAGUAUUUUGAGCAGUUCUUCGAGUGCUUCUAGUUCAUCAAGUACUCUUAGUUCAUCAAGUACUGUUAGUUCUACAAGUUCAUCAAGUACUUUGAGUAGUUCUUCUAGUCCAUCAAGCACUUUAAGCAGUUCUUCGACUACGUCUAGUACAUCUAGUACUUUAAGCAGCUCUUCGAGUAGCUCCUCAAGUACUUCCAGUUCAUCAAGUACUUUGAGCAGUUCUUCUGGUUCAUCAGCUACUCCAAGCAGUUCUUCGAGUGGUUCCUCAAGUACUUCCAGUUCAUCAAGUACUUUGAGCAGUUCUUCUGGUUCAUCAAGUACUUUGAGCAGUUCUUCUGGUUCAUCAGCUACUCCAAGCAGUUCUUCUAGUUUAUUAACUACUUUAAGUACUUCCUCAAGUAGUACUUUAAGUAGCUCCUCGAGUGCUUCCAGUUCAUCAAGUACAGCUAGUUCCUUAAGCAGUUCAAGUGUUUUAUCAAGUAGUACUUUGAGUAGUUCCUUGAGUACCUCUAGUUCCACUAGUACUUUUAGUUCAUCAAGUGUUUCUAGCUCAUCAAGUACUGUUAGCACAUCAAACACUUUAAGUACUUCCUCAAGUAGUACCUUGAGCAGUUCCUUGAGUACUUCAUUGAUAUGUUCCACUUGUCUGUCUAGCUCAUCACUUCCAUCAAGUGAGUCAAGCUCUUCCACUACGUCCAGUUCUUUGGUAGGUUCAUCUAGUUUCUUGACUCCCUCAAGUUCCCAUCUGUCAAUAAUUUCAAGUCGUACCUCUGUUGCUGCCAGUAGUACGCCAGAAAGCUCCCAUUCUUCGAGUACUUCUUCUGCAAGCCCUCAAAUCCUUUCAAGUACUUUGACAUCUACACUGCCUGAAAAUACUAAUACUGAAACAACUACGUCAUACGAAACAACAGUUAUCACAGUUACAUCAUGUUCCGAUCACCUGUGUUCAACAAUUCCUGUCACAACUGGUGUUACUGUCGUUACAACGACAGUAAAUGAUAUUACUACGAUUUAUACAACAUACUGUCCACUCAGUGGAGAUUCAAGCACCAUUGUACCUUCCACUAGCGCAACAAGCUCCAGCUCAAUAGUUGAAACAACUGAGUCGUCUACAUCCACACUUUCAAGCGCUACACCAACAACUGUUUCAGAUACAGUUGAGUCGUCAUAUAGUGCUCCAUCGACACCUAUAGUUUCACUGAGCGAAAGUGUUGGAUCUGCUACUAAUGCGUAUUCAUCAUCUCCUACUGAAGCGAUUUCUCCAAACUCAUCUACAGAAACACUGGUAACAGGAACUACAGCUGCUGAAACCUCAACUACCGUUUCUUCAGUCACCGUUACUGAGACAACUGAAACUUCAACCAUUUCACCAACUUCCACGUCUGAAGCUACUGAUUCAACCACCACCCUUUCUACUGUUAUUUGUUCAGGAUCUGCAUGCGCCUUCACUGAAUCUUCAUCAAUUGGUGCCACAUCCUAUACUACGUCUUUAUCAACUUCUGCUAUUGCAAUUUCAACGGCUGAAAAUUCUGCUCAUGCAAUUUCUCCUUACAAUUCACUUAUAGCAUUAGUUUUACUUUCUUUACCUUUCGUCUAA